CAGCCUCUCUGGGCAGCUGUUCCAGCACCUCACCACUCUCUAUAAAGAACUUCACCCUGACAUCCAGCCUCAAUCUUCCCUCCCUCAACUUCAAACCAUUUCCCAUUGUCCUGCUGUUUCCUGAAGUUUGUUCCUGCUCUCCCUUAUCCCAGAGAGAAGCAACCUGGGCGGUGUGCGGCACAUCCUGCUGGUGCUCUCUGGGAAGGGCGGUGUGGGGAAGAGCACCAUCAGCACAGAGCUGGCUCUGUCGCUGCGGCACUCAGGCAAGAAGGUGGGGAUCCUGGAUGUGGAUCUGUGUGGCCCCAGCAUACCCCGCAUGUUCAAGGUGCAGGACAAUGAUGUGCACCAGUGUGACGCAGGCUGGGUGCCAGUCUUUGUGGAUCAGGAGAAGAGCAUCUCACUGAUGUCCAUUGGCUUUCUGCUGGAGAAGCCAGAUGAUGCUGUGGUGUGGAGAGGACCCAAGAAAAACGCUUUAAUAAAACAAUUUGUUGCUGAUGUGGCCUGGGGAGAACUGGAUUUCCUCAUCGUGGACACACCUCCGGGCACCUCUGACGAACACAUCUCCACAGUGGAGGCCCUGCGGCCCUACAAACCUUUGGGAGCAAUCCUUGUCACCACACCUCAGGCAGUGGCUGUGGGAGACGUGAGGCGAGAGCUGACGUUCUGCAAGAAGACAGGCUUGAGAGUUCUUGGCAUUGUUGAGAACAUGAGUGGUUUCGUUUGCCCACACUGCUCGGAGUGCACAAACAUCUUUUCCAAAGGGGGAGGCGAAGAGCUGGCCAAACAUGCUGGGGUCCCCUUUUUAGGCUCUGUUCCUCUGGACCCCCAACUCAGCCAGAGCUUGGAGGAAGGCAGAGACUUCAUCCAAGAGUUUCCCAAGAGCUCUGCCUUCCCUGCCUUGACUCGUAUCGCCCAGCAGAUCCUGGAUGGCGCAUUGCAGCAGAGCUCCUGAGGAGUGAUUUGGGCUGGACUCUUGCCUGGCAGCACCACCGACAGCCCUUGCUGGUGGGAAAUAGGAUGCAGAAGCUGUUGAACUAUGGAGCUGUUACACUGGGGGACGAUGGAGGGAGGAAGGAGCACAGCAUUGGUGCCUCUUUUGGCAACUCGAAAAGGGAAGUGCUGCUUGUACCUCUCCGCAUCCAAAGAGACUCUACAUGGGCGUUUCUGCUCACGUGGAGGAUGCACAGCCUGGUUCUUGCCUUCUAAAUGUGGCAGCACUCUGCCCACAUGGUACAGUUGUUUUUAGCCCCCUCAUGCAGUGCCUUCCUCUGCGACCAGCUAUUGCACAGAUAUUUGUGGAGCUCUAGCUUGUUUCCACAGCAUCUCAUGCUCUGCAGUGCUGCUAACGAUGACUGAAUGCAGCUACACUGGCAAACAUCAUCAGUUGGGAUGGAUGUUCCCUCGCCAAGUUCAGAUGGCACGAAUCAUCUGUAUUGUAGCUCCAUGUGUUGCUGCCUUCUGCCGCUUUCCUUGCGUGACACAAUACAUUACUUGGUUCAGCAGCUGGCAAGCUGGAGCUGGAUGCUGCGGUGUGGACCUGAGCCAAGCCAGCUCGCUUUGAAAUCUCCAAUUGUUGGUACGUGUGCCUCUGAGGCACUGCUUAUGCUUCGUGUGUCUUCAGGAAGUCUAGUAUCCAUUCGAAGUCUGCAUCCUACCCUACUGGAAACAAUGCCUUUUUUGAUCCACUGAGGGCUUACUGUGACUCAGGAAUAUUUUUUAAAGUUCCAGACAGUAAACAUUUUUCUUAAAAUGCAAGUCUAUGAGUUGAGUUUUUUUCCAUGGCUUUGGGCCUCAUCGUAGCUGAGUCUUGGUAUUAAAAGCACUUUCAGGUA